GAACACAGAGCUCAAAUCUGCACGCCCCGAAAUUAACAGUAUCAUAACGAGAAUCACAUAACUGAUUGUACAGGCUGUGUGCAAAAAUAUAUUAUUUUAAUAUAGUACAGAAUUUGAAAGUAAGCUAUAAAUAUAUAGAAAUAGGCAUUUGCAAGUGUUACAAAUAUAGGAACCAAAUUUCUCGCCGGAUAGAGGCCACCUUCAGCCUGUCUGAAACGUGCUGAGAUACAUUAGUGUGAUCAGGGACAGCCUGGUUUAACAAUCUAAACUGAGGAAUAAAAGGUUUUGGGUAGAAAUACUCCUGUCGAUAGACAGAUAUAGACGUUAGCUAGUGUGGUUUUACUAUAACCGCGCUGGGCUGGGUGUUUGUUAGCUUGCUAAGCUGUCUAGCCUAGCCUGGUUCAGCUCCUGGUGGCUGUCUGGCUGAUAGAUAACCUUGGAUCCAGUGUUGUGAUGUGAGUCUCAGACAUGGCAGCUCUGUGUCGAGUCCUGCACCUCUCAGCCCCAGGCUGGGUAAAGAAUAUUCCUGAAGCAGCAGCAGCAGCAUGGCCUUUGCACAUGAUUAGCCGCAGCAAGUUCACAAAAUCCCGCAUUCCCCCACAGGUAUUUGAAGAGCGAUCAAAGGAGCAUGAGAAGUAUGGUGGUGAUCCAGAGCAGCCACAUAAACUGCAUAUAGUGACUCGUGUUAAAGGCACAUCAAGACGACCUUACUGGGAAAAGAAGGUGGUAAAGAGUUUGGGCUUAAUGAAGGCACAUGAGCCCAGAGUACACAAGAACACCACAUCAGUGAAUAACCAGCUGAAAAUCAUUAAGCAUCUUGUCAAAAUUGAACCUUUGAAGCUUCCUUAUGGGCUACCUUCAGAAGAAGAAAUGGCAGACUCCUAUCUGAACAGCAAAGGGGAACUGGUGGUGAGACGUCUUCAGAAGCCUGUGGAACAGAAAACCAUCGAGUCGUAGCUUCUCAUGUUUUUUUUUAUUACGUUCUGCAUACAUUAAAUAUUUUGUUGAGUCAAAGUAAA